GAAAACAUAUUUUCCUUGUCUGACCAAGAGUGCACCAGCUGAACUCUCAUAUCUAUAAAUCACUUUAAUUUGACUAAUAAUCUAAAACUAUUUUAAUGUUACUUUUUUAAGAACCUGGAGGUAAAAACCAAGCGUACAGGUGCAGCGAAUGAGACUUAUAAAGAAUUUUAAACCUGAUUGUCUGACAGCUCGAUUGAAGCGUUUAUUUUCUGUCAUUAAAAAGUCCACUUGUCAAGAAAGAGAUGUUUACAUUGUUUUUAAUCGUGUAUUUUUACAAAUAUAACCACAUCAGAAACGUACAUUUCGAUUAUUACCACUAAAACAUGAGCUGUGGAGGUUUCCCUCUCUUACAAAACAGACAUUAGCUUAAAUUUCUUCACAGACCCCUCACCAGAGAAACUCUCUUCCUCUCUCAGUCAAACCCUGAAACGCAGCGUCUGUCUGCAGGUGCUGCAGCUCGUCUGUCUGCAGCGCCUCUUCUCCUCGCCACUGUCUAAAAAGGUUACACAUUCACACUCACCCACAUGGUCAAUCUCAAACUUUGCAUGAGGAAGAAAAAAAAUUGACAUAAAGAAAAGCAGAAGUAUUGUAACCCAGCUCCCAACAUACCACAAGAGCUGUCCCAGGAGCCAAGACAAACAGCUACUUCAGGCCUUAUUGGCGCUGCAGGAUCUGCACAUCUGGGCCUGAGUUUGUUUGUUUCUUGGCUGGAACACGCUCUUGCAUAACCCGACGUAUAUUAAAACCGUACUUAAACAAUAUAAAACUAUUUAAUGCAUCAUUUCACAUAAAUUUAAAGCUAAGGGACAUUUAAAAAUCUCUCUCUGUAGUCCAUAUCUAAUCCUGAAGUCCUUAUUUUCUCAUUUAGAAAUGAUUUAAACAACAUGUGCAAACCUUUUUUUAGAAAGCUUACAAAAACGUGUGCGUACAGACUUUGCAUUGCUCACAUUAUCUCGACUCAUUGGGAGGAAAAGGUCUGGAAUAAUUUCCUCCUGAGGGGAAGAGAAAACCUCCUGAUAACCAGUGUUUUACUGUGGAGUGAGUGACCACACUCAGUUCAAGCUCAGUGUUUCUGAAACUCUCUCUGGCUCGCUGCCACUUCAGGGCUGGAAGCCAAAACUCGAGUCUGUGUCGGCCGCUCGCUGUCGUUAGAGUCUGCUGUGUUCGUUUUUUGGCCGGCUGCGGUCUGGAGGGGAACAGGAGAGUCCGUUUGGGACGUCUUCUCCUGUGAUACAGUAAGUCUCACGUGUAUUUCACAGCUGUCGUCAUCGUCUUUGCAUUGGCCGUGCAUGUGCAGUGGUCAUCAGACGGUAAAGUUACAGAGAGUGAGGGAUGCUGUCAAACACAUAAUAUUGCACAAUCAAGUGAAUAUACACAGAUGUGAACUCUGGCAUACUUUUCUACACACACACCGACCUUGACUUGCUUGUUGAGUGUGUGUGUUAGUGUGUGUGUGUGUGUGUGUGUGUGUGCUCCAGUGUCUUGGUGCAUCAUAAAACAAUAAAUGCAGCAGAGUGACUUUGACCUCAAGGACUCGUCUGAUUGGGAUUCAGGCAGGCCGAGUCCUGAAGGCUCAUUAUUUACUUGGCUGGGUUGCACAACGUUUCCUCACGUAAUUUCAGAUUUAGGUCACAGCUUUCCUGUCACUAACAUUUACAUUUAAACUGAAGUGAAUCCAAUAUUGAACCUUGACUUUAGCUGGAGUAAAGGACGGGGUUUUAAAGGUGGGACAGUUUCAGGAUGACAGCUGUAGAUGCAGUGAAGGGGUCUGUACGCUCAAGUUUCUCACAGGAGCUUUAACUAACAGGUCUCAAAGUUUGGGAUCGUUUACCACAGCUGCUUUGUUUCAUUCAGAGUUUUUAAUUCCCGUUUUGCAGGAAGUUAUUUAGCGACAUAAAUUGCAUAUCUUUUUGGGGGUCUCUUCUGGCUUUAUUUACAGAGUUGGAGGUGAUGUGAUCUGCUCUCUAGGGGACAAAAGCCUGUGUACCUGGAGUGCUCGGUCAACCCCUCUCUUCAUAUUCCUGCUGAGGGGAAAUGAAGCCAAACAUUUGGACCUCAAAUCUUGUUCAAUGAACCAUCAACCGGAUUAAAAACUCAAAACCGAGCUUGUUUUUUUCUUACUUAGAGUAAAAACAUCUUUAAAAAGCCACAUUACCCCAACAGUCUGGAAGAAUAUCUCAUUGACAGACAUUAAAGUUGGUGAAUUAGCUGUUUGUGUUUCAUUUGUUAAAUUUACUCUUAAAAUCUUUGAGCUGCUGGAGUUUGUUCCUCUGAGAGAUAAUGAGCCUCCAGGAUUCGUCGGAUUGGUUCAGCUUCGUUUUCUUUGGUAACUUUUUGGUUUUUAGUGAGAAAGCUUUUGUUCUGUUGGAUCUGCGUUAUCAUUUAAGACGCCUGAUUUUUGCUGCAGCAGAAUUUCAGAUGAAUCUGAAUUUCUCUGAGGGAGAUCUUCUGCAUGAUUUGGUCCUGUUUGCCCCCUAGUGGAGAUAAACUCAAAUCCUCCCGGUUCGACCUGUGGUUCAUGUAUUUGUGGCUUCAAAGUAAGUGUAAAAUGUGUUUCGAUUUGUUGGUUGAAGACGGCAGAUCACCCACAGCCCUGAGAAAACGGUCUUCCUCUAAUAUCACUGCCUCAUUCUUAAACAACCUCUCCAUAUUUAUCAAAUUUCGUAAUUUCCGCAGACAUUUUUUUUCCUCUCUGCAGAUCCGCUGCGGAGCUCUCUGAAGUGCCAGACUUUCUGCUCCAGGACUUCUUUGGUGCCACACACACUUUCCCUGCAGAUCGUUGAGGAUCUGCAGAUCGCUCUGAUUGUCUACAGGUUCUGGUCCAGCCAGCGGAUGUAGUUGUCCAUGCUCCUCUGUCCCACAUGAGACAUCAUCGGCAGGAAGGCGAACACCAUGCAGCCGUGAAAGCCGUCCUCGUAGUGAUCGCUGGUCACCGAGACGCCGGCGUCCUGCAGGCGUGUCACGUACAUCAACCCGUCGUCUCUCAGCACGUCAAACUCACAGGUCAUCACGUACGCUUUAGGCGUCCUACCCAGAACCUCCUGCUCUGCCAGCAGUGGCGCCGCCCUCACGUCCACCAGUCCUGGUACCACACCCAUCACCCCCGGCGACCCUGUUUCCUUUAAAACCGGUCUAAAGUGCUUCCUGCGCUCAGACGGGAGUAAAGCCGUCCAGUCCAGUUUUGAUCGGGUGCUGGCGCCGAUGGCCGGUUGGUCUAGGGAGCUGUGGUUGUUGGCGAGCAGGAGGGGCUCAAGCGAGCGGUCGGCGCCGAGGUACUCCAGCCAGAAGCGAGCCAUGUAAGGCCGGUAGAGGAUGGGCACGGCGUGGUUCUGCUGGUAGGACGGGGUGUAGAAGUCCAGCGCCUGAAGCACGGGGUAGACCAACGCCUGGGCUUUAAACUUUACCGCCAGAGUGUCGUCUGAGCUGAGCUGUGGGCGCAGGAGGGCAAAGGUUAAAGGUCGAGGGAUAAAAUAUAGAUGGUCAUUCUUUAAAGAGAAAACAGAGUUGAUGAAUGAACACAUGAACUGUGUUUAUACCAGGGUGUAAAUAUGUUUAAUUUCCCUGAAUGGGGGUAAAUGGGGAUCCAUCAACUUUCACAAACAGCCCCUAGUGGACACCUGUGGUACUGCAGAUCUGUCGUUCACACCACAGCAGCUAACUGGUUUAACUGUGGCACAGUUUGUAAGUAAUGCUGAUCUAGAAAAUGGAGAUAAAGUGUGUUUAGUGAGACUGCUGUUGUCAGAAAGAGAAACUGAAGCUGAACUCAAAACGAGAAAAAAAAAAUUCCAAAAUUCUGAGUCAUCUUCGGCUCUUUUGCCUUCAGGGUUUAAUUUCUCGCUGAAACUCUGACCAGGAACACAAAGAAGGACAGAUUUGUGCGUGCUGAUGUGUUUCUGGCACCAGCUCGUGUCACACCGCGUUUACGGCGUCCUCAGUUCGCUCUUAGCUGCAGAGCCAGCUGAUUCAGGCGAGACUGAUCCAGAUCGAGGAUUUCUGUGUGAGUCUUUGUCACUGUCUCGUGCUUCCUGACAGGAUGAGGCCGCUUUAUAACAUGAUCAGAAUUUUGUGUAUAAAGCUUCAUGUGUGUGUUAUAUAUAUAUAUAUAUAUAUAUAUAUAUGUGUGUGUGUGAGUGUGUACCUCUUGUGCCACAGCAGCCGCCAGAUUCCCCCCGGCGCUGUCACCUGACACACACACCCUCUGCGGGUCGAUACCGUAACGCUCCAAAACCUCCGAGGACAGGAAGGCUCGUGACGCCGCUAACGCAUCGUGGUACUGAUCCGGGAACACUGCCUCUGGAGCAAGACGGUAACUAUGGCAACAGGACAUCAUGAGGAGACAGAAUGAUUCUGGUUCUUACAUAAAGCUGUGAAACAAAAGCCAGACGGUGUGGGGGUAGAACUCAAAAACAAAAACCGUUUACUCUUAUAUUCACCAUUUUUUACCUUCAGGUUUGAUAAAUAACUUUAUUCCUGCAGCUUUAUUUCAUCAACACUCUUUAAAAAAAAACCCAGGAAUAAAAAGAUCUGGACUCUGACUUCUGUAAAGUCCAUUAUAAGCUACAUUUUUACCCAUUUUUUAACAGGGAAAUCACUGUCUAGAGAUCUGCAGACUUCUUUUGCACAAAGGAGCUUUUAGCAUUUUCUAAAAAACUUUUCCCCCUAAACUUCAACCCUAACAGAUUAAAAGCUUCAGUUUCUCUGAGCUUGAAGGCACUAACUUUUAACUAUUUUAAGAGUCCAGAGGAAACAUUAUCAACACGCUGUUUUAUGAACUGGUUAGUGUAAAUAUUGAAUUUGUUUCAGGGUUAAAAUUCUUGUAAAGACAGUCCGUGUUGUUGUAGUUUCUGUUUUUGAAGAAACAAAAGAAAACGGAGACAUCACGUCUUUUUUAGGACCUUCUGGACUUUCUUAAUUCUCAUCAAUCUUUGCGUGAUAACUAUGAAAACUAUAAACUUACUCGACAGACAUGACCACGGCAUCCAGGUCUUCUGCCAUUUUCCGACAGAGAAGGUCGUACGAUCUCAUCCCUGUGAAGAAGAUGAACACAUAUAUAUCAGAAGCAGCCAUGCAGGUCAGUUAAAACUCAUGUUAUAUAAACCAUACUACUGAUGGUUAGUUAGCUAUAACAGAAAUUUAACUCGAUAUGUGCAGGAUAAGAUCAGCAGAGAGACAAGGCGUACAUCUUUGUCCACAGGGGGGCGCCAAAAACGACAGAACCUCACAGGAUGAAUUUUUUUUUUCGUUGGAUGGUCGGGGAAGGUCCCGCCUCCUUCGCCUCUGAUUGGCGAAGGAGGCGGUGUAAUGUUCCGUACAUCAAACAGAACAUUAUCGCACUUCUGAAUCUCCUAACUCUAACUCGACACACGAUGACGUUUCACAGCCGUAAGGAAUAACCAAUCGGAGCCCAGCACUUCUGGCCAAUCAGAGGCAAAGGGGGCCCUCCUCCUACCAUCCUACAAAAAAUAAGAUCCUGCUCCCAGGACCUGUUCCUCUAACUUUGAUUCUUCUGCUAUUUCAAUAAAAUUUGAACAAAAUGGUAAAAAUAAAUAAUUAAAGUCGGUUUUCAGAUUUUAAUAUUCAACACUCACGUCCGCUGCCGAGCGCCCAUCCUCCCCCGUGGAAAUAAAUGACCCCUCUUUUUGGCUUCUCCCCCCCUUUAGGCUGGAAGACCCGGGUGGGAACGCCGCCCAGAGCGAAGUCCGUCACGUGCAAGGUGGGGCUGGACCGAGCAUCGAUCACCUCCAACCAGGACACCACCUGGUUCAACAGGUGGAGCCGAUGACACAUGCCCAUAGAGUGAGCCACAUCGCUCUGAAAUACAAACAGAGUUAUUGUAGCAGAGAGAGGGGAGGUCUUCACGGUGGACAGUCAGAGCAGAAAAACCUGUCUGUAAAUCAGAGCUGCUCUGUCUCUGCUGACUGAAAUAACAGUGAAGCUCUGAGGAGGAGAAAUCUCAGGCGUGAAAAACCUGUCUCAUGCAGGGAGUGUGUGAGUGUGCGUGAAAAACUCGUUGCACCGCAGUGACGCAGUUUGUAAGAUUCGGGUGUGUGAACUGCCAUUGUGAGCUGAUCAGGAGCUUACAGUAAUAGAGUUACAGCAGCUGCAGUCACGUGCACACAACAAGGCCAGCACUGUAUCAAACAGGUGCAGGUUACAGGGCAGCAGGGUCAAAUAUUGCAUCACCAGUCAUGCAUCUACCUUUAAAUCAUCUGCCCUGCUUUUUGCAUCAUCAAAAUCCCUGUUUACUGUCAUUUCUGCGGUGCCAACUUGUAAUCUGCAGGUCUGUGUCCCGGUCUGACUCCAUCAGGGUCUCGCCAAAAGCUUAGAAAAACUUGGAUUAAGCAUUUCUUGGAUAAUCACGAUUUCUUUGUAAAUCGUCUACUUUUGCUUUCAAGGAAAGAACAUUCUCCUGAUCCAAGAGUGUAAACCCGACCCUUAAGAGAACUUAACUGUAGAAAAUAACAAAAAGUUAACAACAGGUUUAACUUGAUGCCACAUAACCCAGUGGAGCAAAGGAGACCCUGAACUGUUGAGCAGCUGAAAUCCUCAAUCAGGCAAAAAUAAGACAACACAGUCUUUACGAACUCCUGAUAGUGUUCUCAUAAGUUUCUUAAAGUUAUCAUUCUCCUGUCCUGACUUUUUAAAACACCUUCCAUCAGAUUUAAAAUGAGCCCUUUCAGUUUCAACAUGUGGAAAGAGUGAAAAUGAUCAUUUACACCAUAAAUUUCUGCUUUCAUCAACAUUCACACAGGAUCCCAGCUUUGUUAUGUCUGUGGUUAUUCUUUCUAAUCCGUUCUGCUCUAUUUUAUUCAGUUUAACUGUGCCAAAGUUUGAUAAAGAGUGGUAUAGUUUGUGAUAAUCUGCUCAAGCCUAAUCUCCUUUAUCCUACUUUAAUCCAUUAUAGCACAAUGUUGUCUGAAAGCUGUCUAUACUUUUGUACUUAAGUGAACCGUGGUAUGAUAUAGUUUGGUAAGAAUUUGAGUAUUUUCUGUUCAGUUUUACGUUUUUGUUUACUCUCAUCCUUUUCUAAUGAUCAUACUCUAAUCUGUUUAACAGUCUGACUCAUUAAGCUUUAAAAUUCAAUAUUUUUUAGUUUCUCUAAAGAUGGUUUCAUUCAAAUUAUCUUUUAUUCAUCUUUAUUUUAAUUCUCACAGGUUUUUUUAUACUAUUAUCCUUUUUUUACACUAAUUUCAGUAACUUUAAAGUGUAAAAAAUGCAGAGUCUUGAGGUGUGUCUUGUUCGUACUAUCAUUUUUAUCCUUUUUCAACCUCUCUGCACAAAUAAUGAGAUAAUCUCUAUGUACAGUAAAGGUAUUUUAACCCGUUUUAAGGCAUUUUUGUUAAUUUUUUUAAAGUAUACUUAAUGUAAACACUGUCUGACUCUCUUCUUUAGUCGUUGCAGGUAUUUUCUCCCCUUUUCUGCCCCUGACAGCUCCUGUAUUUUUUCAUCAACCUGUCCUCCUCUUCCUCCUCUUCCUCCUCCUCCUCUCUGUGCAUCCUCCACCUCUCACCGCCUUCAUGAAGCUCCGGAACAGCGCGUCCAGCAGCAUCAGCUUCCACGGCUCGCAGACACCCUUCGGUAGCGGCAGGUAGACGUAGUAUGCGGCCGCCGCCAGCAGCACGGCCCCGGCCAAACGGAGCCUCAUGGCGGCGGAAUGUACCUGCCUGGACUCGGCCGGUAACACGGUUGUUACCCUCCCCCGGUCUAUGGGAGUUGACGCUCCGCCAGAGAUCGUCGAAACACGGAGGAUUGACCUUGACUUCAAAAUAAAAGCCGACUUUAGGGUUUUAAAGCGAUAUCAUGGCGAACGACACACGGACAUGCUCUUAUUUUGAAACUUAUCUUAAGGAAGUAGAGAAAGGAUUGCGUAAUGACGUUGCUGAUGGGAAAUGUAGUUUUUUAAAUGGUACCACAAAAAAUAUAUUUUAGGCAACAUUUCACGUGAAAAAAGUCUUUACGACACAGUUUUUGUUUUUUUGAAGAUGCUGUGUUUGAGAAAAUUAUUUAAAUAAACUUUAAAUAAUUUCAUUUACAUAUACAAAACCCCAUGUGUGAAGUUUUUGGCUGCUCCUUUUUAAUAGUUUGUAUAAUCAGAGGAGCAAAACCACAUAAUUAUUAUUUUGUUACUUCAAUCACCUAAAAAAUUAUGCUUUUACCAUAAAAGAACUAGGGUCAAACCAAGUGUUUUUAUUUAUAUGUAACUAUAAGAAAACAUCCCAUUAUUGCCCAUAAAUUCAGUAAACAAAAUGUAAGGAUGCUUGUCCAUUUUGGAUCUCCAUACUAUUUUGACCAACGUUUCUUAAGUUUUCAUUAAAUUAUUGUUUAAAAGGCCUUUUAUGAAACUGAAACACUUUGCUUUGUUUGAGGGUAAUUUUAAAUUGUACAAGGGCAAUUGUACUUAUGCUACCAAAAAUAUUCUAACUGCUUUAACUUAAUCUAAUAUCCCAAGAAAAUUGUGUUCUGUGUGAAAUGUUAUAGCCUUUGGUUUGUAAUAUCGUGUUUUAUUUUCAUAUAAGUUUCUCUUGACUGCUUGUCACAACUGUGGUUUUUAACUUUUAAACAUAAUUUUAAUGUCUGCUCAGUGAAAAUAUUCAUUUUCAAACUUUCUUCAUUUGUAUCUCAUGAAUUUCUUCUUGGGUUUAAUGAAGGCGUAUGCUUUUUUUAUCUGGCUUUGAUUUUAAUGCAAGUUUACUGUUUGCCUUCAAAAUGUACCUUUCAAAAGUCCCAUGUUUACUUAUGUAUUCUCUGUUAGAUGCAUUAAAUGUCUGACAAAGUGGGCCAAAAUCUAUUGUGUUCAAUGAAGUGGAUGGUAUAGUGCAGUGGACAUGGCCUGGUGGGUAAUUAGCCACACCUGCCUCCAACUACUCACACCUGUGUCAAGUUAACGAGCAAGGUGAGUGGAGAGGACUUAUAAGCAGCUCCAGAGGGAUUUGGGCCACACUUAGUUCUCACAUUGGUUCAGUUGUGUGGGUUAGUAGGCACUGACAAUCGUGACUGAGUUUGCGGCUUCACUGGCCUAUGACUGCAGGUGGAACCAUGGGGUUUCCAUUAGGGUAACUUUGAUUUAAUUUGUCUUGUCAUCAUUUAGCCAACUGACAAAGCAUGUUGUAACAUAGGGGUGUCUUUUCCAGAUGGUUGCUGUUUUUCUUGCUUGCUGUGGGAUGCCAUCGAACACAUGGUGAGUUCAGUCAAUAGGUAAAACAAUUUGGUUAGUUGAACAUUUUCCAAGUAAUUUUCUUUUCACUAGCUUCCAGCGCUGGAUCUGCUGAGGAGAGUGGGGACAGUGAUGUUGCACUUGCUAGCUUUAAAGCAGAUUUGGAAAGCUUUAAAACUGGAGAUGGUCUCUCAUGGAGCAUUGAGGCACUCGGUGGCAAUGAUUCAACCACAACAGAAGCAAGUGGAUUUAACAUUAUUUCAAAAAUAAAAGACACUUUAACCUAAAAAGGAGAAAAUGAGACUUAACUAAAUUUACUGUGUCACAACAGGAGGCACAGCCAGACAAUCAGCAUGAUCUUCUUCAAGAACCAAGCUACAAGGAGGCAGACCUACCAGAAAUUGAAGAAUCAGAGCUGGUUCCAGAAGUGCCCCAACAGCGAAGCUUCCUACCCCAGGGGGUGCCACAAGUGCCCCAGCAGCUUACUUUGAUUCCACAGCAGGUGCCACAGGAUCAGGUUUUCCAGGCCAAUGAGAUUCCUCAGCAACAGGUCCAACAGCCAGUCUUCCAGGCUAAGCAGCAGCCUCAGCUAGUACAGCAGCCAGUUUUCCAGGCUGAGGAGGUGCCUCAGCAGCAAGUCCAGUUGCCAGUUUUCCAGGCUGAGGAGGUGCCUCAGCAGCAAGUUCAGUUGCCAGUUUUCCAGGCUGAGGAGGUGCCUCAGCAGCAAGUUCAGUUGCCAGUUUUCCAGGCUGAGGAGGUGCCUCAGCAGCAAGUCCAGUUGCCAGUUUUCCAGGCUGAGGAGGUGCCUCAGCAGCAAGUCCAGUUGCCAGUUUUCCAGGCUGAGCAGGUCCAGCAGCAGAAAGUCCAGUUGCCAUUUUUCCAGGCUGAGCAGGUGCCUCAGCAGAAAUUCCAGUUGCCAUUUUUCCAGGCUGAGGAGGUGCCUCAGCAGCAGGUCCAACAGCCAGUCUUCCAGGCUGAGCAGGUGCCUCAGCAACAGGUCCAACAUAGAGUUUUUCAGGAUAAGCAGGUGCCUCAGCAGCAAGUACAGCAGCCAGUUUUCCAGGCUAAGCAGGUGCCCCAGCAUGUACAGCAGCCAGUUUUCCAGGCUAAGCAGGUGCCCCAGCAUGUACAGCAGCCAGUUUUUCAGGCUAAGCAGGUACCCCAGCAACAAGUAUAUCAGGCCAAGCAGAUGCCUCAGCAGCCAUUUUUCCAAGCAAAGCAGGUCCCCCAGAUGCCAUUCUUCCAGGCCAAGCAGGUGCCUCAGCAGCAGGUCCAACAGCAAGUCUUCCAGGCUAAACAGGUGCCUCAGCAGCAAGUACAACGGCCAGUUUUCCAGGAAAAGCAGGUACCCCAGCAACAAGUUUAUCAGGCCAAGCAGAUGCCUCAGCAACAGGUCCAGCAGCCAGUUUUCCAGACUAAGCAGGUGCCCCAGAUGCCAGUCUUUCAGGCCAAGCAGGUGCCUCAGCAGCAGGUCCAACAGCCAGUCUUCCAAGCCAAGCAGGUGACUCAGCAGCAGGUCCAACAGCCAGUCUUCCAGGCCAAGCAGGUGCCCCAGAUGCCAGUCUUCCAGGAUAAGCAGGUGCCGCAGCAUGUACAGCAGCCAGUUUUUCAGGCCAAGCAGGUGCCACAGCAGCAGGUCCAGCAGCCAGUCUACCAGGCCAAGCAGGUGCCUCAGCAGCAGGUUCAACAGCCAGUCUACCAGGCCAAACAGGUGCCCCAGCAGCCAGUCUUCCAGGACAAGCAGGUGCCUCAGCAACGGGUCCAGCAGCCAGUUUUCCAGGCUAAGCAGGUGCCCCAGCAGCCAGUUUUCCAGGCUAAGCAGGUGCCCCAGCAGCCAGUUUUCCAGGCAAAGCAGGUCCCCCAGAUGCCAGUCUUCCAGGCCAAGCAGGUGCCUCAGCAGCAAGAACAACGGCAAUUAUUCCAGGCUAAGCAGGUGCCCCAGCAUGUACAGCAGCCUGAUUUCCAGCCCAAGCAGGUGCCUCAGCAGCAGGUCCAACAGCCAAUUUUCCAGGCCAAGCAGGUGCCCCAGAUGCCAGUCUUCCAGGCCAAGCAGGUGCCCCAGCAGCAAGUACAACAGCAAGUUUUCCAGGCUAAGCAGGUGCCUCAGCAGCAGGUUCAACAGCCAGUCUACCAGGCCAAGCAGGUGCCUCAGCAGCAGGUUCAACAGCCAGCCUACCAGGCCAAGCAGGUGCCCCAGCAGCCAGCCUACCAGGCCAAGCAGGUGCCUCAGCAGCAAGAACAACGGCAAUUUUUCCAGGCUAAGCAGGUGCCCCAGCAUGUACAGCAGCCCGAUUUCCAGCCCAAGCAGGUGCCUCAGCAGCAGGUCCAACAGCCAGUUUUCCAGGCCAAGCAGGUGCCCCAGCAGCAAGUACAACGGCAAGUUUUCCAGGCUAAGCAGGUGCCUCAGCAGCAGGUUCAACAGCCAGUCUACCAGGCCAAGCAGGUGCCCCAGCAGCCAGUCUACCAGGCCAAGCAGGUGCCUCAGCAGCAGGUCCAGCAGCCAGUCUUUCAGGCCAAACAGGUGCCCCAGCAGCCAGUCUACCAGGCCAAGCAGGUGCCUCAGCAGCAGGUCCAACAGCCAGUCUACCAGGCCAAGCAGGUGCCCCAGCAACAGGUCCAGCAGCCAGUUUUCCAGGCCAAGCAGGUGCCCCAGCAGCAGGUCCAACAGCCAGUCUACCAGGCCAAGCAGGUGCCUCAGCAGCAGGUUCAACAGCCAGUCUACCAGGCCAAACAGGUGCCCCAGCAGCCAGUCUACCAGGCCAAGCAGGUGCCCCAGCAGCCAGUCUACCAGGCCAAGCAGGUGCCCAAGCAGCAGGUCCAGAUGCCAGUCUACCAGGCUAAGCAGGUGCUUCAGCAGCAAGUACAACGGCCAGUUUUCCUGGCUAAGCAGGUGCCUCAGCAGCAGGUCCAACAGCCAGUCUACCAGGCCAAGCAGGUGCCCCAGCAGCAGGUCCAACAGCCAGUCUACCAGGCCAAGCAGGUGCCUCAGCAACAGGUCCAGCAGCCAGUCUACCAGGCCAAGCAGGUGCCCCAGCAGCAGGUCCAACAGCCAGUCUACCAGGCCAAGCAGGUGCCUCAGCAACAGGUCCAGCAGCCAGUCUACCAGGCCAAGCAGGUGCCCCAGCAGCAGGUCCAACAGCCAGUCUACCAGGCCAAGCAGGUACCUCAGCAACAGGUCCAACAGCCAGUUUUCCAGGCCAAGCAGGUGCCCCAGCAGCCAGUUUUCCAGGCCAAGCAGGUCCCACAGCAGCAAGUCCAACAGCCAGUCUUCCAGGCACCUCAGAUGCCCAUCUAUCAGGCUCAGCAUGUGCAAAAGCACCUUCCUCAGAUGCCUGUACACCAGUCCAGGCAGGUGCCUCAGCGGCAGAUGUAUCGUCCCAGGCAAAGGCCACGUUUUCCACAGAGAUCAAGGUUUGCACCCAGGCGAAGGCCUAAGUUUUCACAGGAGCCCAAGUUUUCACCAAGGCAGUUUUACCAGGAGCCACAAUACAGUAAUUAUCCAUCUUUUGCCCAAGAUAUUAGCUCCUGAAUGGAUUCAGUUGGGUAAGCACUGAUCUUGCACAUUUUAAACUUUUAUUUUCUUACUGGUAUAAAUAUGACAAUUUGACUUUGAAUUUCAGGUCCUGAGUUCAUGGUUCCUUUUGAGAAUGGAGAAACACUGGGCAUGGUAUGUAAAUAAAAUGCAGCCUUUUUAAAAAUCAAGUUUCAAUACUAUUUCACUUACACUUUUUUUUUUUUUUUUUUCCUUUUUCAGGCACCACAGAUGCUUCAAAAACUGCUUUCAACUGAGCCAUUUUUCUAAAUUGAGGAAUAAAAUUGAAACAACCUUAU